UAAAUGGAGGAAGUAAACCAGUCUGAGGUGUCUGAAUUCAUUAUUCUUGGGCUUUGUGACUCUUGGGAGCUCCAGGCCUUCUUCUUAGUGAUAUUUUCCUCACUUUAUUUAAUCACCAUUUUGGGCAACAUAUUUAUUGUACUCAUUAUCAUCAUUGACCUUCAUCUUCAUUCCCCUAUGUACUUUCUGUUGGCCAAUCUUUCAUUCAUUGACUUCUGUCUUUCCUCAGUCACCACACCUAAGAUGAUCACAGACUUCCUCAAGGAAAAAAAGACUAUCUCCUUUGGAGGGUGCAUGUGUCAGAUUUUCUUUGGACACUUCUUUGGAGGGGGUGAGAUGGUACUGCUUGUGUCAAUGGCUUAUGACCGUUAUGUAGCCAUCUGUAAGCCACUCCAUUACUCCAGCAUCAUGAACAGACAUAUGUGCAUUGGGUUAGUGAUGACAUCAUGGAUCAUUGGCUUUGUGCAUUCAAUCAGCCAACUGGUUAUAAUUAUAAAUCUGCCCUUCUGUGGAUCCCGGGAAUUGGACAGUUUUUUCUGUGAUAUUCCUUUGGUCCUCAAGUUAGCCUGCAUGGACAUCUAUGUUCUAGAAAUUUUGAUAAAUGGUGACAGUGGGGUACUAGCAGCUCUAUGCUUCAUUCUGUUGCUGAUCUCCUACUCUCAUAUCCUGAUUACUGUCUGCCGUCACUCUAAGGAUGGGGCAUCCAAAGCUCUCUCUACUUGCACUGCUCACAUCACAGUGGUGAUAUUAUUUUUUGGGCCGUGUAUCUUCAUCUAUCUGUGGCCAGUCAACAUCACUUGGGUGGACAAGUUUCUUGCUGUGUUUUAUGCAGUCAUCACACCUCUCCUGAAUCCUGCCAUCUACACACUGAGAAAUAAGGAUAUUAAAAAUGCUAUGAAGAGAUUCCUGGGUAAUUUUCUAGGUUUCCAGUACCAGAUGUGA